AUGGAGGGGUCGACGACGACGGCGACUGAGGGCCAUGUGGUUGGGAUCCCGGUGAGCACCAGGGCUUAUGGCAUCGAGGAGCCCGACUUCCCGGCGGAGGAGACGCAGACGCCCGACCGUGGAGAAUUCCCGAGCUCCUUCCAGUACAGCAGCCAUAGCCAUGAUGCUACCAGCUCAACGACACCGACGACCACCGAUCGGCCGACGAGCAAUCAACAACAAGCCAGCAGGAAGGCAGACAAGAUCGCUCAGGGCAUCAAAGAGCACGUGACCCUGGGCCCAAAGCUGUCGGACACGGUGAAGGGGAAGCUGUCGCUGGCCACCAAGAUCCUGCAGGCGGGCGGCGUGGAGAAGAUGUUCCGGCAGUGGUUCUCCGUGGACAAGAACGAGAAGCUGCUGCGGGCGUCGCAGUGCUACCUGUCGACGACGGCGGGGCCCAUCGCGGGGAUGCUGUUCGUCUCCACGGCGCGGGUGGCGUUCCGCAGCGACCGGUCGCUGGCGGUGUCCACCCCGCGCGGCGACAGGGCCGGGCGCGUGCCGUACAAGGUGACCAUCCCUCUGCGGAGGGUGAAGUGCGUGCGGCCCAGCGAGAACAAGCACCGGCCGGAGCAGAAAUACGUGCAGCUCGCCACCAACGACGGCUUCGAGUUCUGGUUCAUGGGCUUCGUCAGCUACUACAAGUCGCUGCACCACCUGGAGCGCGCCGUCGCGUACGCGCAGCAGGCGCAAUGA